CUUCGGGAUCAUGAUCACGAAAGCGGCAAUACUGUUCCUAUUUGGGGCAACAUUAACAUCGGCUCAAUUUUUUCCUCGUAUGGGCAUAGCCUUCAGAUCAAAUGGCUGCCCAUCUGGCCCUGAACUAGCCCCAAUAAUUUGCAAAUUUAUGCAGCCAACGCUCUCACAAUUCAAGCCACAGCUUAUUGCGCCUACGACAUACAUCGCACCACUGGUCGUUGAAAAAUGCGAUAGUCCGCAGUUGCAAAUGGAUGAACUGCCAGUACCGAUUGAGGAGUUCAAACCUUUAGUGAUUCCUGAGCCGCCGGUGCUGCCGCCAUUGACGAUCCCGAAGUUCCCCGUUCCCGUCAUCAUUGAGGAACCACCAGCAUCCGUUCCUGAACCUGGUGAAUAUGCAGACAUUCCUGUAAUGCCUGUGAAUAUUCCUGCAGCUCCGGUCCUACCACCUAUGGAAAUACAUGAAUCUUACAUAGAAGUGAAACCUGUGCCUGAAGAGAUUGUUGAAAUAAAUUCAAAUACAAUUGAAUUGGAACCUAUCUCGGUGCCACAGCCUCCCGAAUUACCCGCGUUCGUAAUGCCAGAGAUUCCUAUUCACGUGGUAGCAGUAGAGCCCGCGGCGCAGUACCUAUAUGAGCCAAUCCCAGCACCGAUUCCAGCGUAUAUUGAGCCACUAGCCCCCCUGCCUGCCGCUCCAGAAUUGCCAGUUUUGGUAAUGCCAGAGGUUCCUGCUGCACCUUCUCUGGAAGAUGAGCCAAUCCCAGCAUACAGUUACCAGCUUUCGUAA